AUGAAUGAUGAUGCUAAAGUUGGUAUUAGAAGAGUUAGAUCAGUUAAAGAUGUUAUUAAUCUAUAUGAUGAUAGGAAUCAUAGGAAUGCGGAUACCGAUAGUUCUUCGUUGAAGAAAAAUCAGAUGGAUUCCUCACCGAACCCUACUUCAAGAACAAGAGAGCUUCAUAAAGCUAAAAGGGAUAUUGGAAAGUAUAAAGAAAGUAGAUGGACAGCAGAAUCUACGAAAUCUCAUGCAGAAUCCGAGCUUUCAAAUGCGAAAAAGACGAUGAAAAAUCUUUCUUCGAUGAUCGAGGAAUCGAGUAACAAGGCUAAGGCGAGAAUGAGGGAUAUAGAAACAUUAGAGAAGAAGGGAAAGAGUCCACAACAUGGUGAUAUGGUUGUGAGCAGGAAUGAGAGUUAUGAAUAUGCAAAAGUGAUGAGAGAAUUGGAAUAUAUCAAGAAGGAAUUGUUCAAGCUAAAGCUUGAUGUAGCUUCUGUCAUGGAAGAGAAAUCGCGAGCCGAGCAAGAAAUCGAAGUGUCAAGCUCGAAGAUGAUUGCUUGUUCGAGUAAAGCAGAAGAACUUAGAAAGGAGAUUGAGGAAGCCAAUGAAGAACAAGUACUUGCUGAAUUGGCUAGGAUUGAGGCUUUGAAAGAGUUCGAAGAUAUUAGAGCUCAGAGAGAAAGCGAACAAAAAGAGUUUUUAUGCAAAUUGGAAACGACAAGAAUGAAGAUAAAGGAGGCCGAGGAAGAAAGAGAAGAAUCAAAGGAACUCGAAAUGAAAUUAGCUAUGACAGUUUCAGAUGUUGAGCUCUUGCAGAAUCAGUUGGUUUUGGUAACAGAAAUGGAGAAAAGAGUUCAAGGAGAUGAAAGUAUGAAACUAUUGGAAGGAGGUUUAAGAAAAAGCGGCGAAUCAGAAGAAGACUCGACCGAGUUGCAAGCCGUGAAAGAAGAACUCGAGGCGUCAAUGAAAGAGUUAGCUGUGAUUAGAGCGGAAGGUUUUCAGUUUAUGGCUUCUAUGGAUGUUAUAAGAAAUGAACUGAAGCAUAUAACUAAGGAAACGGCUCGCUUGAAGAGGAACGAUUCGUCGGUUCAAAAUCUUACUUCGAAGCUUCUAAGAAUGAAAUCUAAGCUAGAAGCUGCAUCUGCUGCUGAAGAAAAGGCAAAAUCGUUAGUAGUAAGCCUAUCUCAUUCUCUUGAGAAUCUGAAGACAGAAACAGAUGAUGCUAAAAAGGAAAAAGCGCUUAUAAGUCAAGAGAUUAUAACCACUAAAGAAGAGAUUCAAAAAACCGAUUAUGAGAUCGAUACGAGUGAGGAAAAACUGCAAGGCGUAAUGAAGGAGCUAGAAGAAGCAAAAGCGACCGAGGCUUUGGCGUUGGAGAAGCUUAAAACAAUUUCCGAGACUGCAAUGAGACAAAGAGCUAUAACAGCGAAACAUAGUUCAUUGAUCACUAUCUCGAAAUUCGAAUACGAGUAUCUAACUAAUCAUGCAGCUGCAGCAGAAGAAAUUGCUGAUAGAAAAGUUGCUGCAGCCGAGGCAUGGAUCGAAGCGCUCAAGGCGAGCGAGAAGGAAAUAGUAAUGGAAACGAAAAUAGCUCAAAGAGAGUUCAAAGAGACAAUGUUGAAGGAAGAGAGGGAGUUUUACAUCAAAGAGAAAAUGGUUGUUGCAAGAAGAGUUGGUGGUGAGGAGUUUGAUAGUCCGAGAAAACGCGAUAAGAAUUCGUCAAAGAACUUGCAGAGAGCUAUUUCAAGAAAGAGUUUUAAAUCAAAUGGAAGUUUAACUCCGGCUAAGAGAGCGAAGUUUCAGAUGUCGUCGAUUUCGCCCGCGCCUCGGCAUUUAAGUCCUUUUGCACUCAAGAAGAGAAAGAAAGUUAUUCCAAAUUUGACAAAGUUAUUCAGUGGCAAGAAGAGCAAUAGGACUAUAGAGUAA